CAUAAAUGUGUCAACACAUAAAUAGAGCAAAUUAAUACGAACAAUCUCAUAUCGAACCAAUUUCAUUAUUAUUGAUUAUCAUGUAUUCAUAAACAAAGUAUGAGUGAUAUAUGCAUGUUUACAGUUUUGUGUUAAUGAAUUAAUUUGUGUCCACUUGUACAUAAAAUGUGUAUGGCUAAAUUUAAAUUGGACAUCAAACCAGUCAGGUUUAUAUUUGAAAUCUUAUGUGUAAAUAUUUGUCUCUCUCAGUGUUGAUCUCUAUGUUAUACACACACAAACGUAUUCGUUUCUGAUGUUACUGUAAAGCCGAGUACACAGUAUCAUAUUGUUCCAGGAACGUGAAAGCUUUGGGAUUUACAACACCAAUAGAUUAAAACAGAUGAUAAACAAUAUUGUGAUAUCUCGAUAAUAUUCUAUCUUGUUAUUUCUUGAAUUUGCUAUCAUGAUGGAGAUGGUGCUAUCUACAAAACAUAAUCCAUUGGUAAUAAGUUACUCGGUAUUAUAUUAUGCUCUCUUAUUGACAUGUAUGGUGCAUACAAAUUCACAAACAGUAUUCAUUCCUCAAUUAUCAGAAUUUAUAGAGCACACAAAGAAAAACGAAUCUACUGUAAAAGGACUGCUAGUGGAUCUAUUAACUGCUGACAAUCUAUCACAAGUUCAAUAUUCAAUUCAGAGUAUACCAGUUAGACUGAAUGUUUCAUUUACGAAUGUAGAAUAUUGUCUCAGUAUGCUUUUAACCAACAAUCAAAGCUUAUGUCUUUUUCAAUUCUCUUCUGAUAUUCUAAUGAACAUGGAAAAUAGUUCAUUAACCCUUGUAAAUAAUAAACAUACAUUGCCUUACAUAACUAGAUCAUUUACUCAACUCAAACCAGUAUUAAUUAUGAAAUGUUUCAAAACUAAUUGUUCAAGUCAAUUAGAUUCAUCAUUUUUAAACGGAAUGUAUUUUUUAUAUACAUUCCAUUCAUCUAUUUGGUCAUUAAUUCUACUAUAUACAUUGACAACCGGUUCAUUGUUAUUUGUGUUCGAGUAUACAAGACCCUCAUGUGAGAAAUAUACAAAAAUUUCACCUUCAAAUGAACCAAGUUUAAAUUUAUGGGAUUCAUACGUGUACGUUAUUAUGGGAUUAUUCUUACAAUCCUCAUACAAAUUGCCUAAAUCAUGGGGCGGAAUAACAAUAACUUUAUUCUGGCAUGCAUUUUGUUUAAUAUGCAUUAUUGCCUAUGCAAUGGGUACAUCUGUGUUGAUUUUCAAACAGUAUACCGAUAAAGACUUCAAAUAUCAUCCUUAUUUAAACAGUCAGAACCAAACAAUUUAUUGUGAUUUAAAUCCAAAUGUAUGUAAUUAUUUUGAAAAGAAGUUCUCUUUUCCAAUGAAAUUGGUAAACGGGAAACUUUCAUCAGAUGAGAUUAAUACAUCAGUGAUAAUAUUAACAGAUCAUAUUCAUGGUCAUUAUCUACAAUCAUUAAAACAUCGAAAUACUGAUUGGAAUUAUAUUAAGCUAAAUUGUAAUGAAGAUGAAAACGAUAAUGGUGAGAUUGUUAAUGACAGUGGAAAUUUCCAAGAUAUGCCUCUAAUGGAAAUGGGAUUUGUAACAUUCAGUGAAAAAUCACUUUGGAAAAUGAAUGUAUACUUGAAAGUGAGUUUAAUGUUUGAAAAUUUCAAAAUAACCAUGAAAUAGUUUUGUUAAUGGAUGGCUAAAAACAAUUAUUCGCGUAUUGACUUCACCUUGUGAACUAUUGAGAAUCUGACAAUAGUGGAUAGCUAUCUCGUCCUAGUUUGUGACCACUUCUUGAUUUCUAAGGGUUCUCCAAUUGACAUCUGUAAAUGAAGAAAAAGAUAUAAUGAAUAUUCACCUAAUCUGCACAAUCCAUCUGAAUUAUUAACGAAAUAGAUUUCAUAUUGAGUCCAAACUUUUCUCAAAAGUUACGUCCAGUUGUCUAACGUUUGUGUAUAUGUGUGUGCUACCUGGGAAAUCACAACAUAUCAGGCUACAAUCUUGCUUUAACAUUAAUGUUAAUAGGUUAGUUUAAACCUGAUUGUAAUUUACAUAUUUUUUCAAAUUUCAUCAUCAUAUUCACUAUUAUUCAAAUCAAGCUGCUGAUCAGAUUCAUUACACGUUAAUUACAGUUAUUACAAAUUGAAACACAGUUACUAAGUUGUUUAUAGCAUAACAGCAUGUACUUACAGGAUUCUGGAAGACUCUACAGCAUACAAUAUAGAAAUGAACAGGCAUUUGACUUUACAACUAAACUUCAAGUACAUAACAAUUUAUGCGUAACAAAAGAAGACAGAAAUUCAAAAAUUCCAAUACGUUUAAAACAAAUGAACGGACCAUUGCUAUUUAUGAUUAUCGGAGGCUUAUGUGCUGUUCUUAUGCAUAUAAGUGAAUAUAUUUAUUAUAUUGUUAUGAAUAGAUAAUUUUUCCAAAGAUUUAUUUCCUCUGGAGAAAUUAUUCCUUGAAUCAUUAAAAACUAAUUGGCACAUAAAUAAAUAAACCUUUAUCUAUUGGUCAUUGUGUUCAGUUUACGAUGGCUAGAAUUGAUUUACCAAUUAGUGGUGAUCAGUAAGAGCUUAAUUUGCGAAUGUAUUAUUAACACCUAUUUAUAUGAUUGAAUGCAUUAAUAUGAAUAAAUAUACUGUUUUAUUG